UUCGUUGGCAAAUUAAAAUGAAUCUAUUACACGGUUUGUUUUUGGUGCUAUUUAUCGUUGAAUUUUCGGAACUUCAAGGAAAACAUGGCUUUUUCUCGCAAGCUCUUCUCAAGGGCGAAGUAAUUGAAAACAUGUCACAGGCAAAGUUUGUAGCUGGAAUCUUUGCCCCUAAAAAAUAUUUGUAUGAAUUCAAAGACAAGUUAAUUGAUGCUGAUGAAGAAAUGAUGGUUGCAUGUACCGCAUUUAUUUUGUCAGAAACGGAAAUUAUCACGAAUGCCCAUUGUGUGGCUGGCGCUCCAUAUGCCUAUGUGGUAGCUGGUACGAAAGUUGCAUCAUACGAAAAUCAAAAAAUCAAAAUCAAAGUCGAAAAAGAGAACUUGGCAUAUCAUCCUCAUUUUGAUCAUAUAAUUGUUGGUUCAUUUGAUAUUGCCAAAGUUACACUGAAAACGCCGUUAGAAUUCAGCGAUACCGUUGGCAGUAUCAAACUCGUGGACAAGGAUUACAAAUUGAAUAACUCAUCAGAAGUGGUCACUGUCUAUGGGUAUGGCGUGUUGAAUCCACCAAUGAUAUUGAGGCGUUGCGAUGCGAAUUAUAUAUCUGACGUCGAACGGGCCAACUCAUUCGACCUAGAUCAGAAUUUGUACUUUACCACUAGGGAAGCUACGAACGAUGGCGAAAUUAUUACACCUGGAGAUUCGGGUGGACCAGUCGUUUCAAAAACAAACGGCAAAAUCGUGGGCAUAGCUGUGGGUAUAAAUGGAACAACAGGUGGUCGCGGAAUGUUCCUUCCAAUUGCAUCAUUCCUUGAUUUUAUCCAUGAUCCAAAGAGCGUGAAACCACUUCCACCUUCAAUUACACCUAACGAAGCUAAAUUUAUAGCCGAUAUAGCGGUACCGGGAA